GUUGGUGAACUCAUACCCAACCCUUUCUUACUCCAAUUUUUUUGCUUAAAAAGUAGCCCUAAGAAGCUCAACAAAUUAGGACUCUCUUGCAGUUCACACAUACCAAAUCUCAAACCACUUCAACACAACUCAAUACGACACUUCUCUUCAUCAAGGACCAAACCACUCCAAGAAAAAACAAAGAUGAUCAUAAACGUUAGAGAUUCGACAAUGGUGCGGCCGUCAGAGGAGGUUACACAGCGGACGGUGUGGAAUUCCAACGUUGAUUUGGUGGUACCGAAUUUCCAUACACCAAGUGUUUACUUUUAUAGACCUAAUGGUGCUUCCAAUUUCUUUGAUGCCAAGGUUCUUAAAGAAGCUCUUAGCAAGGUGCUUGUCCCGUUUUAUCCAAUGGCUGGUCGUCUUCGUCGUGAUGAAGAUGGUCGUGUUGAGAUUGAUUGUGAUGGUCAAGGGGUGCUCUUUGUCGAGGCUGACACCGGUGGAGUCGUUGAUGAUUUUGGAGACUUUGCUCCCACGCUUGAGCUCCGCCAGCUUAUCCCAGCCGUUGAUUAUUCGCGCGGAAUCGAAACAUAUCCCCUUCUUGUAUUGCAGGUAACAUAUUUCAAAUGUGGAGGAGUCUCACUUGGUGUUGGUAUGCAACAUCAUGUAGCAGAUGGAGCUUCUGGUCUUCAUUUCAUCAAUACAUGGUCAGAUGUAGCUCGUGGCCUAGACGUUUCCAUGCCACCAUUCAUUGACCGGACACUACUCCGUGCCCGCGAUCCUCCCCGACCUGUUUUCGAUCACAUCGAAUACAAGCCUCCACCAUCAAUGAAGACUCAUCAACAACCAACAAAACCAGGCUCAGAUGGUGCAGCAGUUUCGAUUUUCAAAUUGACUCGCGAACAACUCAACACAUUGAAAGCUAAGUCCAAAGAAGCCGGCAACACAAUCCACUACAGUUCUUAUGAGAUGUUAGCCGGACAUGUUUGGAGAAGUGUCUGCAAAGCAAGAUCAUUACCUGAUGAUCAAGAAACCAAAUUGUAUAUUGCAACCGAUGGACGGGCAAGGUUGCAACCUCCUCCUCCACCAGGUUACUUCGGCAAUGUGAUAUUCACAACAACACCUAUAGCUAUAGCAGGUGAUCUCAUGACGAAACCAACAUGGUAUGCUGCAAGUAGAAUUCACAACGCGUUGUCGCGAAUGGACAACGAGUAUUUGAGAUCAGCUCUUGAUUUUCUUGAGCUACAACCUGAUCUUAAGGCUCUUGUUCGCGGUGCACAUACUUUCAAGUGUCCGAAUCUUGGUAUUACUAGUUGGGCUAGGCUUCCGAUACAUGAUGCUGAUUUUGGUUGGGGAAGGCCUAUUUUCAUGGGACCUGGUGGGAUUGCUUAUGAAGGGCUUUCUUUCAUAAUUCCAAGCUCAGCAAAUGAUGGAAGUUUAUCUGUGGCAAUUGCUCUUCAGCAUGAACAUAUGAAAGUGUUCAAGGACUUCUUGUAUGAUAUUUGAAGAUACAAAAUGUCACUUGGAAUACCACUAAGUUUCUAAGGUGGCAUUUUGUUUCCUAGUUUUUUGUUUUUCUUUAGGUACUUUUGGUGAACUAUAUGCAAAUGUUAAUGUUAAUGGGACUUGUUUCAGCUUCUAUAAUCUGUAAACAAUUUAAUUUGAUAUGUUGCAGUUAGCACAAGACUUCAAACAUUUGGAUACCUGUUACUGGGUAUUGUAGUUA